AUGUCCGUAUGUAGUCAACCGAUCACAUGUAUUGAAAAUUUGCCAAAUGAAAUUUUUUAUGAAAUUUUUACUUAUCUCGAAGGUUGUAAAUUAUAUGAAGCAUUUACGAAUCUUAAUAUUCGUUUUCAACGUCUUCUGAAUAGUUCAUAUGUAUCACUCAAUAUUCAAAUAUCAUCUUUUCCAGAGGCCAUCCUUGAACAUCGUUGUACAGAUAUUAUUGUACCAAAUAAACAUCAAAUCAUUUCGAUUUUAAUAGUAAACUAUUGUGAUAAUGAUAAAAUUUUUACAUUAUUUACUAUCGAUUCAUCAUUCACUCAACUCGAAUCACUUGUUCUUAAAAAUGUGAAUGUGAACAAAACUAUAACAAUUCUUUCAAAUUUAAUUUCUCUACUUCGUCUUUUUUCUUUAACUAUUCAUCUUAAUAAUAAUUGUCAAGAUCUCAACAAUAUAUACAGACUAAUUUUUCGUUUACCAGUCUUGAAAUCAUUUAGAAUUUUAUUAAAGAACUUUGUCAAAUUUACUCUGAUGUCAAUGGCAUUUAAUGAACAGUAUAGUUCUAUUGAAUAUAUGAAUAUUGGUCAUCGUUGUACUCUUAAUAACAUCAUUUCUUUACUUUCCUAUACACCUCGACUAUCUUAUUUAACUUGUGAAGAACUGUUUGAAUUGUUGUAUAAUAUUCCAAUCCUAAUACCAAUCACACUAUCUAAUUUAAUACAUAUUUCUAUUGGAUUUUGUAACAUUCGAUUUGAACAUUUUGAAAUCUUCAUUCAAAAGUUUUGUACACAAAUAGAAGUAUUACGAAUAAUGACAUCGAAUUAUUUUGCUUAUCUUAAUGUGAAUCGAUGGGAACGAUUAAUCCAAGAUUAUAUGCCUCAUAUGCAUCAAUUUUAUUUUCAACAUCAUAAAUUUAUUGAUCGUUGGACUAUAUUUUUACCAUAUCGAUUGCUAAUUAAUCGAUCGACUUCACCAUUUUGGAUCAACCGACGAUGUUUCUUUGAUUGUCACCUUGAUAUAGAUAGUCGUUCUCAUGGACAACUGAUUUAUUCUUUUCAUUUUUCAAAGUAA